AUGGAACGCAAAAAGUGCAAAAGUCACGUAGGCCACCUAUCGAUGACCGAGUUCUUAGCGCGCGUGUUUAUAUUUUUACAAAAAUAUAACCUGGAAUAUUUUGAGCAUUUAGCGUAGCUUAUCAGCAACCUAAGAAGCAAUGGAAGACCUACUCCAAAACCCAGGCGUGGUCGUAGUGCGGGCAAAGCCAGAAGGACAGAGAAAGACUUUCAAACCGAACGUUCGAUCUCUGAAUAAAAUUCCUGAAGAGUUAUUAAAUGAUCCAUUAUUGAAUAGGGCAUGUGAAUCGUUGCCUCAGAACUAUAACUUCGAAAUUCAUAAGACAAUAUGGAGAAUAAGAUCGGUUGCUGCUAAAAGGGUAGCUCUUCAAUUGCCAGAAGGGUUGACGAUGUUCGCAACAACUUUGUGUGACAUCAUUGAGACAUUCACAGAGGCUGACACAUUAAUAAUGGGUGAUGUGACGUAUGGGGCGUGCUGCAUCGACGACUUCACCGCGGCCGCGCUCGGCGUCGACCUGCUCGUGCACUACGGACACUCCUGUCUCAUACCCAUUGAUCAAACCACUGAUGUUAAGGUUCUCUACAUAUUUGUGGACAUCAAGAUUGACCCAUCACACUUUAUAGACACAAUCAAAUUGAACUUCCCUAAAAGAUCACACCUAGCUAUAGUUAGCACAAUUCAGUUCGUCACUACACUACAUGCCAUUGCUAAAACUCUUCGUUCAGAAGAAUACAUUGUGACAGUUCCACAAUGCAGACCAUUGUCUCCGGGAGAAAUUUUAGGAUGCACUGCACCAAAAGUUGAGUCAGAGUACAUAAUAUAUCUUGGUGAUGGGAGAUUCCACUUGGAAGCAAUUAUGAUAGCCAAUCCCAGUAUUCCAUCCUUUAAAUAUGAUCCUUAUGAAAAGAAAUUCACGUCAGAGUUAUAUGAACAUAACUUAAUGCAAGAGAACAGGCAAAAUCAAGUGAGAGUAGCGGAAAAUGCUGGUAAUUUUGGUCUCAUUUUAGGGACGCUUGGGCGGCAAGGGAGUACAAAAGUUUUAAGCAAUCUAGAAAAGCAAAUUAAAAAUGCUGAUAAGAAAUAUGUAAAAAUCUUGUUAUCUGAGAUUUUUCCUAGUAAAAUAUCCUUAUUUAACCUUGAUGCCUUUGUGCAAGUGGCAUGUCCGCGAUUGUCCAUUGAUUGGGGCACUGCAUUCCCGAGACCCCUGUUGACACCUUAUGAGUUUUCAGUGUCACUAGGAAACAGUAAAUGGCUGAAAGAUGAUGGUACAUAUCCCAUGGAUUUCUAUUCAAACUCCAGCUUGGGGCCAUGGACUCCUAAUUACAAGCCGGUGUUAUGCACUGAAGGUGACAAGGUGUGUGAUAACUGCUGUGGGGGCAAAGGGAAAGAGAAGAAGGAGAAAUAGUACACAACUACUAAAUACUUACGGCAGCUCCGGUUCCUGGAGUGACUCUCGCAACUUCACGCGCUUGAGAGAACACUUUGGAGUCCAAGAACUUAGAGGGGAAGGUUUCUGCAAAGUUCUGGAUGGGGACAUUUCUAGUGUCACGCCUGUAACAAUGUGAUAUAUCUAAUAAUAUUAUAGUUUAAUGUUGUACAUUGGAUACUGAUUUUAGAUAUUGGAAUUUUGUAAAUAAUAUUAUGUACUUGUAGAUUAGAGAUUUACAAAGAAUUUUGCUACUUAAAUAAUAGUAUAAAUGGGAAGCUUGAAAAUGAAUGAUUAUAUUUAUUAUCUACUUUGGUCUGGUAUUUACAAUGUUUCGCAAUGUGGAUGUUGGAUUUGUAGUCAAAUCAUCAACAUCAUAUUGUCAAAAGCAACAACAAUGGGUAUAGACUUUAUUCGAAUUUCAAUACAAAGUGCAAAGUGUAUUUUCAUUGCUAUGCUAUGAGUGUAUUUUUGGUUUAAAUAUAAAGAUGGUAGUAAAAUAUGUAACUUUACUUCAUGAGCCUAAAUAAAACACCUUAUUAGUUAUUCUUUUGAAUGUAAAUGGUCUAAAAAAAAAAACAAAAUAUGAUUUAUCAUUUUCACCUACUGCUGGAUAUUUACCUGUGCAUGAGUGCUACAGAGAAGCAGUAGUUGAACAGCUGGGGGUUCAAGUUGCCGCGCGCAAAGAUGCAGGUAGACAGGAAAUCCUGCAGUUGGUUCUCAGGAACACCUGAAAAAAUAUUUAUAUUAUUUUUUAAUAUAAUAACUUGAAAAUCCA